UUCUAUUCUGAGAGGAAGCGAGUUGAGGAAGGGGGGACGAAAACAAGAGGGUCCGCGGGGGUCGCGCAGUCGGAAAACCCAUGGGUGGCUGUGUGGGCAGUCAUCAUGAUUCUUCGGGCAGUUUAAACGAAAAUUCAGACGGAACCGGAGUGGCCCUGGGGCGGAACCAGCCCCUGAAGCGGGACACGCCCAAAUGGAAGAGUGACUACCCCAUGACGGACGGCCAGCUGCGCAGCAAGCGUGAUGAAUUCUGGGACACGGCGCCGGCCUUCGACGGCCGCAAGGAGAUCUGGGAUGCCCUCAGAGCGGCCGCCCACGCCUUCGAGAGCAACGACCACGAGCUGGCCCAGGCCAUCAUCGACGGGGCCAGCAUCACCCUGCCCCACGGUGCCCUGACGGAGUGCUACGACGAGCUGGGCAACCGCUACCAGCUGCCCGCGUACUGCCUGGCGCCGCCCGUCAACACCGCGGAGGAGCGGAGCGACCCGGACCUCCGGGAGGCCCCGGACCCCCCGGCCGUGACCCCCGACCCCGGGCGGGAGCGGCUGCUGCGGCUGAGGCUCUCCACGGGGCGGGAUCUGCGACUGGGCGUGCGCAGCGCCGACUCGGUGCUGCAGAUGAAGCGCCGCCUGCAGGCGGAGGCGGGCGUGGCGCCCGGGGCCCAGCGCUGGUUCUUCUCCGGGCGGCCCCUGGCCGACAGGAUGCUUCUGGAGGAGCUGCACAUCUCCUGGGACUACGUGGUGCAGGUCAUCAUCAGCCAGCCCCCCGACCCCCCCACGCCCCCUCGGGACCCCCCCGCCCCUCGGGACCCCACGCCCGUGGAGAACUAGCGCCCCCUGCAGGACCGGAGGUCAGGGGCAGGGUGGGGAGCAGGGCUACGGGUCCUGCAGCUUCAGGAUUAUGACGUUAUUACGGUUAACUGUCCUUUUCAGCCCUUUAUGGAGUUCUGCUUUCAAUUUGUUUUAGUUUUUUUUGUCUCUUUCUUAUUUUACCGCAUCCCCCCUUUCUCUUUGGCUGUGGAUGAGCACACUGCUGCUUCUCUGGCAGCCCCCCCCCCGCCCCCCCCAGAACUGGGGGCAGGUGUUUGGAGGGCGGCCAUCAUGUGACUUUAAAAAAUCUUUUUUUAUUAUUUUUUUUUAAGCUUUGACAGAUUUUCACUCCUCUGAUCAGCCAAUCGUCUGAGAGGGGGGCGGGGCUUUCUGUGGGGAUGGAUCCAUCUCUCUUUCACCUCAGGAGCCCAAGGCCCUGCCGGUGAAAAGGUUCACAGCACAAGCAAAGCAAUCGUGAAUCAGGGCCUUUGUAUCCAGAAUUAUUUCUACUCUGAAGGGCGGAGUCUGAUGCUUGAGAACAGACUGUGUGACUUUCUUGUCUCUGAGGCAUGCUGGGAUAUGCAGUUCUCCACUAGACAGCUGUUGGACUGCAGGAGUUAGGGCCCAGCAUAGUGUGUGUGUAUGUGUGAGUGUGUGAGUGUGUGUGUGUGUGUGAGUGUGUGUGUGUGAGUGAGUGUGUGUGUGUGAGUGUGUGUGAGUGUGUGAGUGUGUGUGUGUGUGUGUGAGUGUGUGUGUGUGAGUGUGUGUGUGAGUGAGUGUGUGAGUGUGUGAAUGUGUGAGUGUGUGAGUGAGUAGGUCCCCUUUUACACACAGUGGUAAGUAUGCAUGAAAGCUGACAGACAGACAGACGGACAGACGGACGGAACAGCUCUCCUGAGGUGUGAAUGUAGCCCUUUCACAAGUCCCUACCUAUGUGUGUUUUUCUUUUUUAUAUUUUCUAAUGAUUUUUAAAAUGUUAAAGGCAAAAUGUGUGUGUGGGGUGAAAACGUGUCUAUGCCACAUAUAAUAUUGCAUAUUUCUGCGUUUGAAGAUGAAGAAGUAAACUGAUAAAUAUUUCUACUC